UUAAUAAGCAGGAAUCCAGAACAUAUAAGAGUUACAAACAAUUCAACAACCAACUCAGCUAUAUAAUUGACUCUCAUUUGACACUCACACCGUAAUUAUCAACGACACUGAGCCUCACUCUCACUCUCGUGAAAAGUGAACCAAGUCCCCACCCAUGGAAGCCUGGUUCAUAAUCCCAGUCACUCUUUGUGUCUGCAUGCUGACAAGAGCCAUACUAUUCUCUCUUCACAAGAAAACCAUAACCAUCCCUCCAGGCCCUCCUCACAUCCCAAUCAUCUCAAGCAUUCUAUGGCUCCGAAAAACCUUCUCCGAACUCGAAGCAGUUGUGAAAACACUCCACGCCAAAUAUGGCCCCAUCAUCACUCUCCGCAUUGGCACUGAGCGCACCAUAUUCAUUGCCGAUCACUCCCUCGCCCACCAAGCCCUAAUCCAACACGGUUCCCUCUUCUCCGACCGCCCCAAGGCCCGAGCCGCCCUUAAAAUCCUCAGCAGCAACCAACACAACAUCAGCUCCGCCUCCUACGGCGUCACGUGGCGCACCCUCCGCCGCAACCUUGCCUCCGAGAUGCUCCACCCCUCCAGCGUCAAGUCCUUCUCCAGAACCCGCAAGUGGGUCGUCCACACCCUCCUCACGCGCCUCAAAUCAGAUUCAUCACAAUCCAACAAUCCAAUAAAAGUCAUCCAUCACUUCCAAUACGCCAUGUUCUACUUGCUUGUGUUCAUGUGCUUCGGGGAACGACUCGACAAUGGGAAAGUCAGAGACAUCGAACGCGUGCUGCGCCAAAUGCUUCUGCGGUUUGGCAGGUUCAACAUUCUCAACUUUUGGCCUAAAGUCACGAUGAUUCUGCUCCACAAACGUUGGGAGGAGUUGUUUAGGUGUCGGAAGGAGCAAGAGGAUGUCAUGGUUCCGAUUAUAAGAGCCAGGAAGCAAAAGCGAGCCAAAGAAGGUGUUGGAUUAAACGACGGCGUUGUUGUUUCGUAUGUUGACACGUUGUUGGAUUUGCAGUUGCCUGAGGAGAAACGGGAGCUGAGCGAAGAGGAAAUGGUGACGCUCUGUAAUGAGUUUAUGAACGCGGGUACAGAUACUACUUCGACGGCGUUGCAGUGGAUAAUGGCGAAUUUGGUGAAGUACCCGCACAUGCAAGAAAAGGUGGUGGAGGAGAUUAGAGAAAUAGUUGGUGAGAGAGAAGAGAGGGAAGUGAAAGAGGAAGAUUUGCACAAACUGAGUUAUCUCAAAGCUGUGAUUUUGGAAGGAUUAAGGCGUCACCCGCCAGCGCACAUUGUGUCGCAUGCUGUGACCGAGGACGUUGUUUUUAAUGAUUAUUUGGUUCCUAAGAAUGGGACAGUGAAUUUCAUGGUGGCGAUGAUAGGUUUGGACCCUAAGGUAUGGGAGGAUCCAAUGGCGUUUAAGCCAGAGAGGUUUUUGAAUGAUGAGGAGUUUGAUAUAACUGGAAAUAAAGAGAUUAAGAUGAUGCCGUUUGGAGCGGGGAGGAGGAUUUGCCCUGCCUAUAAUUUGGCUUUGCUUCAUUUGGAGUACUUUGUGGCUAAUUUGGUUUGGAAUUUUAAGUGGAGGGUUCCAGAAGGAGGGGAUGUGGAUUUGUCUGAGAUACUGGAGUUCAGUGGGGUGAUGAAAAAUGCAUUGCAGAUUCAUAUUUCUCCUCGGAUCUAGACUCUGCACAUAUCAGUGCUAAUAAAUUGCCUAUCAAUGAUAGGUUGGAAAAUAAUUUCUUGCUAUAAAAUUGACAUGGAUUGAUACUUUGGGGUUAAUGCAAGUAUGGUUUAAUAAUGGUUUUUAUGUGUAGGAUUUCUAUAUAGUACCUCACAAAUUUUGGGAUUUCUGGUACAGUUAGUUUUUAAACUAAUAGUUAUUAUAGAAAGUUUCUAUGGUACUUUGACAAGAAGUUAGCUUUUAAGCCACAUGAUGAGUUCUUAUUGACAAUCACCAGCACAAUCUUGCCAAAAGUGUCAAACAUUACUUUAUUUAGAUGGUCAUGAUGAGUUUGUACCUUUAUUCAUGGUGUAGGCUUUGUUAGACCAUAAAUCCUUUGUACGUCUUUCUCAAAGCAACUGAUCCACCCCAACGCUGUUGGCUGUUGCAGGUAACUAAAUAAUUGUUUUUUACAAUGGCAGUUGGAUGUGCUCGAGGCACUUGAUUC